AACGGGCGUUUCAGUGCAUCAUCGUAGAAGACCAGGGAAGGUAGCACCUCGUUUGUAUACGUAUUGAUUCGGCUGGUCACGAGGGCACGGGAGUGCACCGCACAAUCUACCCCAGUCCCCGAUCAACGCCGCGGUGAGGCGCGGCAUCCUACCUAUGGUGCCACCAGACGGUCCGGAUAAGUCGUUGGCCGACCUUGCAGCAUGUCCCAUCACACUGCUGAGGGGCACCCGCAGCAGCAGGAGCAGUCACUUGGCGCCUCCUUCCUGACCUCAUCAUCCCAAACUCCUCCGUGAGAUGCUGGCCCGAAAGUUACCACUGUCGCCUCACCGCUUUCAUCUCCCACUUCAUGUGCAAUUGUUUCUCAGUAUAUUUCUUCAGUUCUCUCCAUCACUCUAGACCUAGGUGUAAGGUAUUUGACUUGUUGUCCAGGGCUGGCUGUUUUAGCAAGAGUAAGAUUUAUUUAUCGGCGGUGCCUUACUACCUUGCGACCGUCACCACCCUAUUAUACCGCUGCCAUGUCUGGGAAAGAAGCUCAAGAGGAAGGGUGCAUUGCCACGACCUUUGAGAGGAAGUACUAUCAACGUGGGAGCGCGUUCAUCAAGAGGAGCCUACGUCCUAAUGAGUUUCGCACCGGAUACCGUGGUCUUCACGUCCCUUGUCUUGGGAAGGAACGCCUGAUGAACGAAGGAGAAUCACUACAAUUCGUACGACAGCACACCGAUAUCCCCGUCCCGACUGUAUACUGCCACUUUGAAGAUGACGGGGCAUACUAUCUGAUCACGGAAUACAUCGAAGGCGUGAGCAUGUCUGAGCUUUCAGAGGCAAAGAAAGCCGUCGUAUACAAAGAGCUUGAAAGCCAGUUGUCGAAGCUGAAGAUGCUAAAGUCCUACCGUAUUGGUGGACCUUCAGGAAUUGUGAUACCUCCAUAUAGAGUUAUGCGAUGUAUAGAGACCGACCACUGGGAUCUACGGGUCUCGGACCAGGAAGAAUACGUCUUCUGCCACAACGACCUGUCUCAACAAAAUGUCAUCGUCGACCCCGAUACGCUCGGCAUCAAGGCCAUUAUUGAUUGGGAAUACGCUGGCUUCUUUCCGCCCCAAUUCGAAUUUCCCUUCUACUCCAGGCUCGGCCCCUCAUCGGCAAUCAACGGCGAGGUGGAUGAUUCCCAAGAUUUACUUCGGUUCCUUCGUUCUCAAGAACGCGCGAGUCACCUGACAGCGCAGGACUAGUACUUGUUGGAAUAGCACAGCACGGGGAAGAUCGAGACGCGGGGGGGCACCUCCCAUCGAAAAGCUUGUUGGGUCCGCGAGGAGCAGCGAUUCCGCGAGCCGGUGGCACAAAUAAAAGCAGAGCAGCACCGGUUGCGACACAGACGACCGAGACCAGACAAUGCCGCUCGAUAGGCGGGCAUAGUUCGCCAAGCACAUGUUCUGGCUGGUGCACAGCAAUGUACACUCGAG